CCCUUGCCCUCACUCCACCUAGCUACCAACCUCUUGCCUAUCACAUUCACUUCAUUGUCGGUCACUACUGCCAAUCUCUGCUCGUUGGCACCAGUGUCACUCAUUGCCUUCCAGGCUACCAAUAAUGCCAACAUCAACAUCACAUCGUCUGACAAGGUGGACAUCGCUUUUGCAGACAGCUACCAUGGAAGUGUGGUUGUGGAGACAGGUGCUGGAGUCACACCAACAUUGGACAACUCGUGUUCUGUUACCGCCUCCAACUCGAGCGGCAAGACAAUCACUACGGGCUCCUGUGGCAAUGACCCAGCCACCCUCAGAGCUUCGGGUGCCAAUGGCGUCAAGUUAGCCUCUGCACCCGCCUGCCCCAUUACCCCAACCUGGAGAGAUGCUGCACCCUCCCCCAACGGACCAGUGUCACCGUCUUUGGCCACAUCCAGUCCGGUCAUCUCAUGGGCCUAUCCAAAUGCAUCGAGCUGGGCUCUGAUUAAUGAGUGGUGGGGCAACAUCAAUGUUACCACUGCUCCAACUUGGGAUGUUAUUGGCAACGUCGCUGUUGGCAGCUCACUCAAGUUCACUGUGCCCAAGUGGGGCGUUCAGAACAUUGCCCUCGUCUCAAUGAUCAAUGACUUCUAUGUGCGUCAGGGCCGCACCUACCAGGUGAGCUUUGACAUCGUCGCCACAGAGAGCAACGUUGUCAACGCCUCGUUCUGCAACUACAUCAACGAAGAUCCCCAGGAUACCCAAAACUCACACAACUGGGGCAUACCAGUUGCCCAAUGCUCACUCGUGCCCAACUCCAACACCAUCACCAACACUGCUUGGAAGUCACUCACUGGCACGUUGGUGCCCACCAAGGACAUGCCCCUGGUCUCCAUCGGUGUGUCUCUGUCUAUCAACUCGGUCGAUCACGAAGUCGGUUACUACAUCAAGAACAUCAAGUUCAUCAUCCCCUCUGCACCAAUCGUCGUGCCUACACUCCUCAAGAGCAGCUCUGAGCUAAUCACCAUCCCUCGCCCCACCACUGGACUCAUCGCCCAGAACCGCACUGGCUGUCCACACCUCCAAACCGACCUCAAGCAUUGGCACGACCCCGCCACUUGGGGCGGCUCAAUGCCCUCACCCGCCGCCACCAUCACUCUUCCCGCCAACACCAAAGUACUAAUCUCAUCAUGCUCAGUCGACCCAGCCGUUGUCUACCAAAAGAUAGUUGUGCCAGCCACUUCGCAGCUAAUCUUCUCAGACGCCAGCUACAAGAUGCAGAUCCACGAUAUCUACGUGCAGGGACAGCUGAUCAUGGGUUCCAACACAUGUCGUUUCAAUGGUAACAUUGAGCUCGUUUUCAACGGUCAGUACACGACAGCCGAUACCAUCGCCCAGUACCUUGGCAGCAAGGGAAUUGCUGUGGCCAAGGGAGGCUUCAUCUCGGUUCACGGAAAGCAGUAUUACAACACCUGGAGUCGUCUGGCCGCCACCGCCUACCCCAACGACUGGAUCAUCUAUCUACAGGACAAUGUGAACUGGGAGGUCGGUCAACAGGUCGUCAUCACCACGUCAAAGUACUACGAUGAGGCCACCAAGCAGAAUGAGGUCAUGACCAUCGCCGCCAUCCAGGGCAAGGCUGUCCAGUUCAGCGCACCACUCAAGUACCUGCAUUAUGGUGGACUUGAGUACCAAGCAGAGGUUGGUCUGCUGACACGUCGUAUUGUCUUCCGUGGCGCCAAUGAUUCAGACGCCAAGGGCUUUGGAGGCCAUGUCCUCACCAUGAGCAAUGGUCAAUUUGCUGGUAUCCAAUUGAUCAAGAUGGGUCAGACCAACAUCAAGGGUCGCUACCCUCUCCACUUCCAUCUUGCAGGCAAGGUCAACAACUCAUACAUCACCGACUGCUCAGUGCAACAAGCCUACUACCGCUGCUACACUGUUCACGGAACUCACUACGCCACCGUCUCGCAGAAUGUUGCCUAUGAUGUCAGAGGUCACUGUUACUACAUUGAAGAUGGAGUCGAGGAGAACAACACCAUCUCUUACAACUUGGCCGCCUACGUCCACACGAUUGGUCGCCCAGCCGCUGGUUAUGCUCAAGCUGGAGAGUGGUUCUACCAGACCCCUGAUCUCACCCAACCCGCCGACUCUGCCGCAGCUGGAUACUACAUCACCAAUGCCUACAACACCAUUGUUGGUAAUGCUGCCUCUGGUGGAUGGGCUUCCUACUCCUUCCCCAACUUGCCCGCACCCGUUGGAGCGUACCGUAACUUGACAACCUUUAACCCGUCCAGUCGAACAACCCUCAAGUUCGACGGAAACACCGCUCACUCUGCCGGCUCCUACUUUAUCUUUGGCUCUUGCGUCUACUGUGGAGGCAAGCUCUGGUUUGAGAACGCCACAGACAUCCUGACCUACCAGUCAGGUCGUGUCAGUCGUUCAACCCUCGACUUUGCUGGACAGGAAACAUGGAUGCGUUACUCCAACAUCAAGGUAUCGCAGUGUUCUGCUGGAAUUGGUCACUGGGGAGAUGAGAUUGAGGGUCGUUGGCUAUGA